CACUUCAACUUGACUCCAUUCAAACGCGGCAUCCAAAGACAACUUGAACUUGUACUUGAACCAUCCGCCUUUCGUCGACUUGGACUUGUUACGGUUUUAACCACUCAUAUCCCGCAAUCAACACGCUCUUCAGUCUUCUAAAAACAGGUCUCGAAUAGCGGCAAGUCGUUCUGGUGCCGUAUCGGGCGCGCGCCUCCGUCACGAUAUGCUGAAUUGAGAACUUGGACGCAACACUCUGUCUUUCGAGAUGAGCAACAAUGGUUGAUGGCAACAUCGCAUCAACAACUAUCAUCCUCUCAUCACGAUGGACGGCGUGGAGGGGCAGUUGCCCUUGAACUCCCCUCCGCCGCCUUCCUUCACGGUCGCGCAUCAGAAAGUCGAGCUCGACGUCAACUUCAACCAAGAAGUCACGGGAAGGACCGAAAUCACAAUCUAUCCCGAUUCUCCAGACCUCAAGGAAAUCAGACUCCACGGACGGGUCUGCACUAUCAAGUCGGUGCUAGUGAACAAUAUCCCCCCCUCAUCGGUCAGUUAUGAAGACGUCUGCGAGCAGUUCAUUCUGCACUCCCAGGGUACAGUCCACCAGCAUCAUCUGUUGGCCAGGAAAUUGGCCAGGUCAGUUGGCGCCGAACCGGAGCCUGACAUCGUCAUCGCCCUGCCAAAACGACUGCGGAUCGUGCCUGUAGAUGUUGCAGAGGUACACACUCAGGCUACUGGGUCUAUCAAAAUUCAAGAUCCCCACAGCACUGGAGGGCCGUCGGCUGCGGAGGCUACGCAAGCUCUCACAGAUACCACUGUCGCCAGAUUCACUCCUUUGACAGUCACUAUAGAAUUCGAGUCCUGCCAUGUUCGGGAAAAUCUGCAAUUCGUCUCCGGCAAGCGCGGGAGUGGACGUUGGCCGCAUGCAUACACACGGUCGAGGAUGGGACCGGGCGGUGCGUCGUCCCUCUUUCCUUGUGUCGAUGUCAUCACCAGUCGUUGCACUUGGGAUAUCUCCAUCAAAUGCGCCAGGACGGUCGGCGAUGCCCUCAAUCAGAUCAUGUCGGUCGAUCUAUCCCAGCUAAGUCUGGAGCCUUCCUCGAAAAGUACCUCAGGCCCGAGUUACGAGGGGAAAGAAAUGGUCGUCAUAUGCUCGGGGGAGUUGACCGAUGAAAUUGUCGACAAGGUAGACUCGACCCGAAAGACCGUGUCAUUCUCUUGCUCCCAGCAAUUGGCCCCUGCGCAGAUCGGCUUUGCCAUUGGUCCGUUCGAGCAAGUCAAUCUAGGAGAACUGCGGGAUCCUCAGGAAGCCGAGGAGCUUGGCCGAAACGCUGUCGAGAUGUUGGCCUAUUGUCUCCCAGGACGAGCAGAAGAGACAAGAAAUACAUGUCUUCCCACGCCAAAAGCCAUGGACUUUGUGGUUCACAAAUACAUAUCUUGUCCCUUCAAGACAUACUCGAUGGUCUUUGUUGAGGACGCGACACCGGACAUUUCGAUCUUUGCAGGCCUUUCGAUGUGCAGUACCAAGCUGCUUUACCCAGAAGAAGUCAUCGACCCAGCUCAAGAAGUGACUCGAAAAUUGGUCCACGCAAUAGUUGCGCAGUGGAUUGGCAUUAACAUCGUUGCCGAGCGUCCUCGGGAUACCUGGGUCAUCAUAGGAGGCUCUUACUUCAUCGCCAACCUCUUCAUGCGGGAGCUUUGUGGUAACAACGAGUAUCGCUACCACAUGAAGCAGCAGGCCGACCGGGUGUUCGAGCUGGACCACGACCGUCCUUCGAUCUAUGACAUGGGCGCGUUACUGCACGUCGACCCAGCCGAGUACGAAUUCAUGGCAAUCAAGGCUCCGGUUGUACUCUUCAUCUUGGAUCGCCGAAUUGCCAAAACUCAAGGUGCGUCCAAGAUGCCAGGCAUCCUCGCGAAGAUCUUGACCCGGGCCCGCACGGGUGACCUGGUCAACAACGCAUUGUCGACCGAGUUAUUCCAGAAGCUGGCGGAGCGUAUGGGCCACAUGAAAAUCGACGACUUCUUAAACCAAUGGGUCAAGGGAGCCGGUUGUCCCCGGUUCCAGGCAUUCCAGAGAUUCAACAAGAAGAAGUUGGUCGUGGAAAUGCUUAUUAAGCAGGUCCAAGGAACCACUACGACCGAGCGAGAGCUCGAGAUUGACUCUUUCAUGAGAGAUGCCCGUGAAGACUUCCAAAGCGUGUAUGCGGCUCCAGCUCAACCGGUGUUUACUGGACCGAUGACCAUUCGCAUCCACGAGGCAGACGGCACACCAUACGAGCACAUUGUGGAGAUUAAAGAUGCCAGCACGACGUUCGAUAUCCCGUACAAUACCAAAUACAAGCGUCUUAAGAGGAGCAGGAAACAACGGGCUCGAGCUACCGCCAAGGCAGCCGCUGAAGGCGGAGACGAGGAGAACGAUUCUUUGGUCUACUGUCUGGGAGAUGUGCUGCAGAGCGAGGAAGAAAUCGCGAACUGGAAGAUCACCGAAUGGAGUGGCGAGGACGAAGAGAAAAUGAAUGCCGAAUCCUACGAGUGGAUUCGGCUGGAUGCUGAUUUUGAAUGGAUCUGUCGAAUCAAUCUGCAGAUGCCCGGCUACAUGUUCACGUCGCAGCUGCAGCAGGACAGAGAUGUUGUUGCGCAGCUAGAAGCCCUCCGACACAUUGCUGUCUAUCCACCUUCACCCUUGGUGUCGUCUAUCUUCGUGCGCACAUUGAUGGAUCGACGGUAUUUCCAUGGGGUACGUGCAAUGGCAGCACACUGUCUGGUCAAGCACGCCAAAGAUGAAGGCGAUGCUAAGAACAUCGGCCUAUUCCAUCUUAAGAAAGCUUUCGAGGAACUUUACUGCGUCCGGGAUGAGCAAGGCUCGGCCAUGACCCGGCCCAACGACUUUUCCGACCAACUGUCAUAUAUGAUGCAAUGCGAAAUCGUCGGGGCUAUCGGCAGAGUCCGCGACAGUCGAGGCCACACGCCCAAAGAAGUCAAGGAGUUCUUGCUGGACAAGUUGAGGUUCAACGACAACUCAGUCAAUGAGUAUUCAGACGCCUUUUACGUGGCGCGGUUGAUGAAAGCUCUUGCCCAAGCCGUCAUUGCACGACCUCAACCGCCACCACAGCAACAACAACAACAGUCGACGACUAACGGAAAUGGGUUAGACAACGACAUGGGUUUCAUUACCGACAGUAUGGCCAUGGACCUGGAUCUCGAAGACGAAAUGCAUAACAUGCGCCAGCUCGAGAAUCAGGUCCUGGACGAAAUCGACAGAUACCGCCGCAUGGACGAGUGGACCAGUUCGUACCAGAACCUGUAUUCGCGCACCGCGCUCGAUUGUCAGGCCAUGCUUGCCGCUGCCGGCAUCGCGCAAUUUUCUCCGCUGCAUUUCCUGCAGUAUACUCGACCAGGAAACUACGAGAUGUUGCGCGACACGGCGUACAGCACGCUCAUCACCCCGGUCGUCUUCGAUACGCCGUCAGUCCUAAGGUAUGUGCUGUACUGCAUGGUGGCGGAUCCUUCGCCCUGGUUGCGCCAAAGUCUGCAGCGGGCGUUUGGCAAAGUAUUGGCCAAGCGAGCCAUCGGCGACAAGAACGCGGCCACAACGACCCAGCCGGCCGCCGAUGGGUUGGUUAUUGAGGACACCGCUGCAGAGGCUGAUGCCAGUGCGCGACAACACGAGCUGGCCAGACUGCAGACGAUCGAGGGCGCAAUGGCCGCCUUGAAAAAAGAGCUGGGCGGUCACGAAGAGUUCAAGGCUGCCAUGUGGGAUGCCAUUUGCUACGACCAGAUCACUUUGGACGAUCUUCAGACUCUACUGGACUUUUGCCGACUGCUCUUCGAGCCUGUCGACCAAUGCAGGAUCACAUUACGACUACCGCACUACUGGCAGGUUGAGAAUCUUGGAAAGGGCCAACUCAGGUUCACCCGGUCGGGCAAAGUCCGCACGAAACUCGUACCGAAAUGGCAGCCUCCCUUGGCUAUAGUGCCGCCGCCUCGACCAGCCACGUCGACAUCAAUCCCUUCGGCGCGACCCAGUGGAGGAGGUGGCGGUGGUCUCAAAUUGACUUUCAAGAUGGGCGGCUCCAGCCACUCUUCGAACCCGACCCCGACUCCUCCGCUGCCAAUGCCACCGCCGACACAACAGACCCAACCGCAAUCACAACCGCCAACACCAUCCGCAGGAGGACCAGGCCGGGUCGUGCUGAAGUUCAGGCCGGCCACGUCAAAGUGAUUGAUAAUGUCUUGUCGACCGGAUUGGACGGCGUUCUCCUUUUUCCAUGCAUUGGCAUAAAUGCGAGCGAGCGAGCCGUAUCGCGGCACAUAGGUAAUGAACUUGGUCCAACGGCCGAGCAGCUAAUGGCGCGCCAGGCUAUUGCAGAUCCAUCCUUGCUCCUCCAUAGCUUAGCUGUUUUGAUACCCAAUACCCAGCCAUAAGACACAUCGUAACAAUAACACCAGAUCCAAUUCAGCACUUUUUAUUCGA